AUGAAUGCGGAGGAGGCGAUUCUACACGUUGCAGUAUCAAUUGGACCUAUCUCAUUUAGAUUGGCCCGCCGCCGCCGCAAAGAGGGUAGACAACGCCGCCAACGCACCACCUUCAGCAAUGAACAAACAUUACGUCUUGAAGUGGAAUUUCACCGCAACGAAUAUAUAUCGCGCAGCAAACGUUUCGAAUUGGCUGAAGCGCUGAAUUUGUCGGAGACUCAAAUAAAAAUCUGGUUUCAAAAUCGCCGUGCCAAGGAUAAACGCAUUGAAAAGGCUCAAAUUGAUCAGCAGUACAGGAGUUUUGUUGUGGCUAAUGGUUUUAUGAGUUCUUUAAUGGGUCAAACGGCAUACCACCACCAUCCGACAGCAGCAACAACAUCAAUGAUAACGAAUCUUCAGCAGAAUUUGUAUCAUCAGCAGCAAGUACAUAACCAGACGCAGCAACAGCAGCACAAUCAUAAUCACCACCUACAACAACACCUUCAGCAGCAGCAACAACAUCACCACAAUACACAAUAUCAAGUCCAUCAGCAACAACAGCAAUUGCUGCCCACACAUUUGCAUUCAACAACAACAAAUGGCAUUGCUACGGCCUCAUCCAUGCGUUCAAAUACUGUACUACAUGACCACAAGGAUGUAAUAGGACAACAACAACAUCGGCCAGCAACCAAUAAUAUUAUAAAUUCCAAUGUCACAUCCUCUAAGCCUAUCACAGCCAUAAUGUCUCCAAAAGGGCAUUUACAAUUGCAUGUGCCACCACCACCAUCGUCAACCUUAUCGGUAGUAGGACAACAACACCCAACCCCACCACCUCCGCCGCCAACACCAUUGACGACACCACAUCAGCAACAACAACAACCAUCAGGAGUUGAAUCUGUCAUAAACAAUGGCACAAACGUGCAUAACAACAAUAACAUUGUUAAUUAUGGUGACAUUAAUAGUUUCCAUAAAUAUAGCAACAACAACACCAAGAAUAGCAGUAAUAGUAAUAACACCACAUUGAGAACAGGUAUUGUUAGCGGUGGUGGUUGUAAUGUUACCUCUUCUUCUACUUCUUCGAAUUCUGUCGAUGUCGACAAUACCACCAAUGGAAUUGUAUCAAGGCACAGUCGCAUUUCGAAUGCCAGUAACGACGUUGUGGCUAAUAAUAAUUUCAAUUCAAUCACCAACUCGUGUUAA